CAGCUGCACUACUGAACUGGUGUAAUAAGUUAAAAUGAGAUAAGUAUAUGUGUUUUCUCGCGCUAACUUAUUGCACCAGUUCAGCAGUGCAGCUAAAAAGAACAGAUCAUUUGUCAACGGCGAACGCGAGUCCCAACAUGGCGAAGAUUACGGCGGCGCGUACGUAGGAAGUCUCGCAGAACAAGCACGAUUUCACGAGAGCGACGAGAUCGAACGUUGCACUUUCCUAAGCAAACAGCUGUGGUGCAAGGUGGACGGCGGCCGAGCGCGGAAGAGCGCGAGAGCUGAGAGAGACGCGAGACGGCGAGGUCCAAGAUGAGUCUCAGCAUAACCAAGUUUUUCUCGAGGAAGCGGAGCGGCCCGCCCGACACCGUGGCGGAGAUCGGCCUGCCCACCAAUGUCUCGCACAAGUUCCACGUGAGCAAGAACGCGGUGACCGGGCAGCUGGAGGGUCUGCCGGAUCCAUGGAUACGUCUGCUGAACGCGCAGCUCUCCAAGUCCGAGCAGGACGAGCAUCCGGCCGCGGCGUUGCAGGCCAUCAAGUUCUACAACUAUUCCAUCAAGCGUAAGCCGCAGGAGGAGGUGUUCAAGCCUUUCGUCACGCAGGAUCUAAUCGAGGAGGAGUCGCAGGAGAUCGAUAACAUCCUGACGAAGAAGUAUCCGUCCGGCGAGUCUGACGACAGCGCGGGCUUGGAAUGCCCGACGACGACGACAAUGACGAUUACGACUACGCCCGACACGUUGAAGAGGUUACCCGAAUUACAGCUAAAGGCGAUUAAACCGCCGAAGCCGAGCAAGCCGCCGAAACCAGCGCCGCGGAAGCGCAACGACAGGGCGGAGAAGAGCCUGACCGAGAUACUGGAGGACCUGAAGACCUAUAUGUCAGACGACGACUCGUUGCCGGUGGAGAAUGACUACGAACGGGAGGAGGAGGAGGAAUAUUAUGAAGAAGAGCAGCGGACGGAGGAGGGGGAGAGCACGCCGCGUUGCACGACGGAGGAGAGCCCGAUUUUGCGGCGGAAGACCGACGAGCAAGCAAAGCUCAACGAACUCGCGAAGCUCAACGACGAGCAAGUGUACGAGGAGCUGAGGGCCAUUUGUCACCAUGGCGACCCCAACUUAUACUUCGAGAGGACCAAGGAGGUGGGGGCCGGCGCUUCCGGCACUGUGUUCAUAGCUACCGACCUUCAGCACAAUCAGAAAGUAGCCAUCAAGGACAUCGAUCUGUCGAAGCAGCCCAAGAAAGAACUGAUAUUAACUGAGAUCAAGGUGCUCAAGGAAUUUCACCAUCCCAACCUAGUGAACUUCCUGGACGCCUAUCUGGUGAACGAGCAUCUCUGGGUCGUUAUGGAGCUUCUGGAGGGUGGGCCGCUCACAGACGUGGUGACCGAGACUGUGAUGAAGGAGGCGCAGAUCGCGGCCGUUUGCCGAGAGGUGCUCAAGGCAAUCAGCUUCUUGCACACCCGAGGUAUCAUCCACAGAGACAUCAAGUCGGACAACGUGCUGUUGGGGAUGAACGGCGCGGUCAAGGUGACGGAUUUCGGUUUCUGCGCCAACAUCAAGGACGACGAGAAGCGGCAGACUAUGGUCGGCACGCCGUACUGGAUGGCGCCGGAGGUGGUCACCAGGAAGCAGUACGGCAAGAAGGUGGACAUCUGGUCGUUGGGCAUCAUGGCGAUCGAGAUGAUCGAAGGCGAGCCGCCGUACAUGAAGGAGACACCGUUGAGGGCGUUGUAUUUAAUCGCCGCCAUAGGUAAGCCGGCCAUACCGAGGUGGGAUAGCCUCAGUUCGACGUUCCAAAAUUUCCUGGAGAGGUGCUUGGCGGUGGAGGUGCACGAGAGAGCGACCGCCGACGAGCUGCUCUCCCAUCCAUUCCUGGAGAACUGCGCGGAACUGACCACGCUCACGCCUCUGAUCCGCGCGGCGCAGAGGAUUCUCCAAAAAGUGUUCCACUGAGUAUUCUCCGAAGAAUUCCGCAUAUUAUCAUGUUUCUUGCUCGCGGUUUUCUCUGCGCGCGUGUAUGUGUGUGUGUGUACGCGCUACACGCGUUGCUUCGAAGGUCACGAAGAAGAUAUCUUGCACACGACAGAUUUCGCGCGCAUUGUCGCUUUCGAUUUUAAGAGCUCGUCUAAAAUACGCCGAGUAAGCUUGACGUAAGUUGGAGUAGAAAAAAAAUAGUAUAUUAUGUUUCCAAAUGGUCAUCCACCUAAGAACUGACCGUGCCAAUCACUGUUUGACUAGUGAUCGCACGAGAACCGAUACGAGCUAUAAAUUGAAUUGGAAUAAAAAAUAUGAUUCUUCCUUCGCUUAUACGUUUAUACACAAGCUGCCUUACACCAAAAGUUUAAAGGGACGUCUACAUUGGAAGUAAGCAGUAAGAAGUAGGAAGUAAGAAUAAAAAAUUGACCAAUCAUAGUUGAUUAUUCUUCUCACAUUCGACUGUGGUUGGUCAAUUUCUUACUCUUACUUCCUACUUCUUGCUAUUUACUUCCAAUGUAGACGUCCCUUAAGAGAAAUACUCCUGGUGUAAGGGAGUUGGAGUAUAAGAAAACGCGAAAUAAAUUCUUUUUAUCUCACUCCUUAUAAGUUGCGCCAAGCUCAUGCCGCGUAUUAUAGAUGAGAUUUCUCAGCUCACUUGACUGCCCGUCGAUUUUCUAUCCUACUGUGCUGGUUUAACGAUAUUCACGAAACCAAAGGAUAGUGUGCACUUUGCACAGUGUAUGCGUGUGUAUGUGUGUAUAGUCAUCUUAAAAUUAUUUUACACGAGAGAGACGUUUCGUUCCCGUGGAGAGUCUAAGUAGUUGUCUCUGAGUCGUGCUACUUAAUCGUAUCGUGGUAAUAGCUGAAUAUUUUAUCAGACUGGUGCCACCUGUGGAUACAUUUAGAUCAAUCUCGACUUCAGAAACGAGUCAUUUGUUUUAUGUUACGUGCAAUAUGAUUUGCCGUUACUGAGAGAGGACAGCCGGACAUCUCUGCUCAAUGUCAUAAUAAAAAUACGCAGUCUGCCAUUCAAGUUAGAAAUUUGUCGAGGACAGACGUAGAGCGUUUUAGCUGUAUAUAGAAUGCAUUUUUUACAUCUUUUGGAGAGAAGAGUAUGUUAUAUGUAUAUGUGUGGAGUAUUGUGUAAUUUUUUAGAACUCUGACCAUACAAAGAUACAGUAACAUGUACGAAAUUGUAAAUAUUUCCUAAUAAGUUGUUGUACUUAGAUCAUUGAAUAUAUGUGUGAGUGAGAGAGAGAGAGAGAGAGAGAGAAGCGAAGAUGUUGAAAAUCAAAAGUAUGUAAGUUCUGAAGUCUACGCAUGAUUAAUUCGGGUUUAACUUUUCUCAAGAAAAACAGGAAAAGGAAGAACUGAGCAGAUAAAAUCAACAUACAUUUGAUAACGCAUUUCUACAGAUAAGUUAAUUGUUAUAUAUAGUAUGUAGGGAGCUACAUUGUCUUACAUAAAACUUCAACAAAAUUUCGUUCUCUGUGCACGCAUGGAAUUGAGCUGUCGUUUAAUAACACGAGACAAUACAUCGAAAAUGAAAGUAUUAUGAAUGGAGUAUUACACCACCACGCCGCACUCAUGAUACUUGAUCCUUUUAAAUUUACUCACAAAGAGAUAUAUAGAAGUGUCCUUCACCGAUUGUCGUGCGUUCCCUUGCGGGAUAUGCACACAUAUAGGGCGACAUUCAUAGUCUGACCUUAUCUUUAAAACCGUCUUAAGCUCUUGACUGCUGUGCUGUGCGUGUGUGCGCGCAGAGUUCGCUAUGAACUUACAGUGUUUUCAAGGACUCUCAUGCACGCUCACUGUCUCAACUUGUUAGCAGUUUCAAUUGUAGGCUCUAUUACUUUAAGUCUAGAACACUAAUUUAUUUCUCUUGCACUAUCACCAGUCAUAUACGAAUUGUGAUUGUACUCAACGCUGAUUACGUUAAACGUCCGAGAAGCUUGCGGAACAUAUCACUUUUUCGAUACGCUGUUAAGUUCGACAAUAUCUAGCCGAUGAAAUGGCCUUCACAGUGUCUGGGGAUGAGUUUAAGACGAUCUCUUAGAUAUAAGAUCGGACUAUGUGUGAAAAGCACCCAUAGUUUUGUAAGACUUUACCUAAUUUUAUACCAUAUAUAUAUAUAUACCUUUUCGAAAGCUUUUACAACGUAUUCCACAAAGAGCGCGAUAUUGCUCAACCAAAUACCGUAUUCGCUUAACUAUUUUAUUAACCGUCGUGUAUAAAUUGUCUAACGGCGUUCAUUAAAGCAAUGCUCGAUCACGCGUAAUAAGAUUAUAUUAUCGAGAGAAACGAUUAUCUAUGUAGAUAUAUUUAGUUAAUUUUCCAAGCAGUAAUAUUCAAGUACAUCUAAAGAGUCACGACUGUGAUAAGAGAAAAAGUUAAGUUACUUUUACUACCACAAUUUAAGUCCUAUCUAGUAUCGUUACAAUUUUAUUACAAAUUAUCGUAUAAUGGAACUGUAUCAGAUUAUACUGACAACGGAGUCGAAAUAGUUAUUUCUAUAAUACAGGCAAUAAAGAAGCGCUUCUUGAUUUUCCAUUCGUAUAGCGCGUAAAAUGUGUGCCUGGUGAUCUGAGAUGCACAUCUAAAACGAUCUCGUAAUCGUUGGCACAAUUUUCCGACAAGAAGGAUACUCCGUCGUCUGUCAAUUCACCUGAGAUGUGCUCGAGGAUUUAAAACGGAGCAGCAAAACUUGAUGCGAAGUGCGAAAGUUACAAAGAAAUCUUGUGCCUUAUCAAAGGAAUGCAUAUGGUUCAAACUAAUACGUAUAAAGGUAAUUUUAUCAGCGAUAACCAAACAUACAGAAAGUUUCACAAUUAUUAUGAGAAUCAAAUAUUUGCACAAAAUGUCAAUUCGCGUUUUCUCGAAAAAAAUGCUGGCAGACGCGCUCUGCAAUACAGAUUUAAGUAUCGUCAGUUGCGUGAUUUGUAAUGUAUUGCUUUUUCCGUGUAUCGGAUAGGAGAAAGAUUGACAUUUACUGAUAUGCCAGUAAAACAUCACGUAUUUUAUGCAAUAAAUGUUUUAUUUACAA